AUGGCCACUACGCUAUCCACUAGGCAAGGACUGCUAACAAGAGCAGUGAACAAGCUCGCUAGCACUCUAGAGGCCAACAAGGACUGGACAACGACGACUCUACAGCCUCCACUCGAAGAGGCGGAACGGAGAACGUAUGUAAGAGGGGAGCGUUUGAAGUUUCGGAAGGCAAAAGCCAUUCUGGAAUCUGAAACGCUCAAUGUUGACAACGCCUUGGAACGUUAUAGCAGUGCAGCCGACGGCUUGGACAGUGACACUCCAUCCUUGGAGGAAAUCCUCAAGAAGGUCAACUCCAAUAUCGAAACAGCGGCAACUACCUUGGAUAAGGGACGCACGAUGCUGACCACUAUGGCACACUUCCUAGAGGAGCUUGACGAGAUAGAGGAGGCAUCGAUCAAUACCGUUCACAUAAACUCCUCAGAAUCGCCUCAAAUGCAGUUGGCACCAAUUCCAAUUCCAAAAUUUAGUGGUCGCAUCUGGGAAUGGGACACCUUCUGGGGAGCUUUCAAACAUUCUGUGGAUUCUCGGGAAAUGGACGAUCUAUAUAAGAUGAAUUAUCUCCUUGAUGCGCUUCAAGGCGAGGCUAGGGAAACUGUAAAGCAGUUCGAGGUAUCUGGUCGCACUUAUCCACUCGUCAUCGCUCACUUGAAAGAAAAGUAUGGAAACUCGCAGGCUCUUGUAAGCCACAUGGUACGCAGACUGCAAAGAGCUCGAGCACACAGCGAACGCUUGGAGCACCAAGAAAAACUUCUGGAAGAACUGUCGUCAAUUGUAUCGCAGCUCCAUCUAAAAGGAGAGAACGUUGACAAUUGCUUCUUGCAAGAUCAGCUCCUUGGGAAAUUCACGAAAGGGAUACAGCGCCAUGUCUUACGGACCAAGGAACAGCAGUUACCAAACGACAUAUGGAACACUACCACGCUUCUCAAUUGUGCGAAGGAAUACAUCAGGACGGAACUCAAGAUUGCCACUCGUGUUGGUGAAACGCAUGAUCAGAGGUCGACGCAAGAACCCGCAAUUGACAGGAGGAAUCCCCGUGCAGGGCGAAGAAUCAUUUCAUCUUCGAAACGUCAAGACUCCUGCUUCUAUUGUGGAAAAGGAGACCAUUCAGCGAAAGACUGCAGCGAAAUAGCUACACGUGAAGAGCGACUGACAUUCAUGCGAAAACGAAAUCUAUGUCUCAACUGUGGCUCUGGAGAACAUUGGGCAGAGCAGUGCAGAGGAGGAUCAUGCCGAUUGUGCAGAAAGCACGGCCAUCACACGUCUCUUUGCCAGCAACUCUCUUCGCUGACAAAGACACCAUCUGCAACCCGCGAAAGCAGGAAACCGCCUUCGACAUCGAAUAAAAGCACUCCAAAGCGCACAGUUCAGAAAUCUUCAACUUCGUCAAAGAUGAACACGGUUGUAUCGGAGCCUCAACAAGCCUUCGAUGAGGUGCCAAACGCAGCUGCCUUCGUCAAUCUUCAGCGGAGCAUCGCUGACGUCCACAUCCUCGUAGGGCAAGCGCAAGUGCUGAACCCGAAGGAUCAAGCUCUGGAAUCGAUUCAUGUCCUGCUAGACACUGGAGCGGACCGUUCGUUCAUCUGCAAUGAGCUGGCGGAUCGGUUGCAACUGCGAGAUAUCAGCUCGACUAAGUUGACGAUCAACACAUUUGGCUCCAGGCAGCCUCUCCAGCGAACAUGCGGAAUCACACAACUUCAAAUGUGGGAUACUUACGGACAAUCUCACAGAGUAACAGUCACGAAAAUCGAAACUGUCACGGAACCAAUAUUGAGGCGCAGGCUCAGCGAAGAGGACAGACGAUUCCUGUAUGAGAACAAUAUCCGCUUGUCCAUAAACGCGGAUAUCAUGGAGCUCAAACCACAAGUUCUCCUUGGAUGUGCAGACCUCUAUCCAUUCCUCGAAGGGGGCUUAGCAAAGCAGAAGACUCUGCCUUCAGGGCUGACACUUAUUCCUUCCAAGCUAGGAUAUCUUGUGUCCGGAUAUGAAACGGUCCCAGAAAAGAAAAUGACAGAACAGUCACACGUCGACACAGAAGUCAUGACGACUACAUCAGAUACCAUUGAGGAAGCACAAACCUGGGAACAGUUCUGUACGUUUGAGUCGACCGGCGUUCAUGAGUUCACUGGGCCAAUCACAACAGCUACAACGUCUUCGUCGGAGCUACUGGACUGGUCUAGGCACAAUCGCCUGCCUUCCGCUAAGAGGACUUUGGCGUACGUUCUGCGAUUCAUACAUGGACUCUCGCUGAAGGUGGACGCGGAUCUGAGGAGGCGACUUGAAAGCAGUAUUCCAGAGCUCAACCAUAUGACAACUGAAGCGUACGUUACAGCUGAAGAAAAUGAGAUGGCUCUACGUGUGCUCGUUCGACAUCACCAGCAAUCUUAUUUUACGGAGGAACAGCUGAAGGCAUUGAAACAGCUCAACAUACGACGAGAUGAAUUUGGGAUUAUACGAUGUCAAGACCCUAGUGUUCCAAGGAAUUUGUGGAAACUAGGCAGAAUCGUCAGCAUAUCCAAUUCAAACACCGAGAAAAUUAGGGAAGUGCAGCUGAAGUUGCCAAGUGGACAUAUCGUUAGGAGACCAGUCAACGCUCUGUUUCCGCUCGAAUUGGAAGACACAAGGAACGAGCCUUCACCUUCUACCGCCGAGUCACAGAAAACGAGGAGAAAUCUAGAAGAGCCGGAGUCAAAACCGCGAUAUGAGCUGAGACCACGUAAACGCGUGAACUACAGCGAAGAUCCUGUUCAUUGCGCAACGAUUCGUUCUUCUACUAUGAGAAGUAUCCCAGUAAAAUCCCUGUUAGCCUGUAUAACAGUCAUCAUGCUGACAGCAGGAGUUACUCCGACAGCCACUGCAAUUGGACAGAUGUCAUGCCUACCUGGAGGAGUUUCGAUAACUAUUCGUAACAUCGAGCGUUAUGAAGUUUGCGCUGAGCAUCACUGUUAUGUGAAAGAACGGCCGCAAGGGAAUGAAACAAUUCUCUUUCCACCGGAAGUACUUCUGCACGAGCACAAUGUUCAGUUGAAGCUUUUCGAUGGGCAAAACUUCACUGUGUUGGAAACCUCAUGUCCACCUGAAUUAUUCUGCGAUCACAUUCGAUGCUGGUUCUGUACAGCUAACAUCUUCAACCCCGAGUGCUCACCUCGAACAGCCAUUGCUGCAAUCACCAUCACACUGUACAUAUUAAUCGCGUCACUCUACGCGCUGUGCUUUGUACCGAUGGUGAUUGGAAAGCCAUGUAGAAUUAUUAGCAAGGCGGUUUGGACAAUGUGCAAAGCCAUAGGAUACCUCCUAUGGAAGAUCUGUUGCAAAUGGCCAACCAAUAGAAGAAGGCGCUACGAUGUGGAAGCGCUACUGAGAGCACCACUUCUGGCUAUCAUCUGCAUGAUCGCAUUAGCCCGAAGUUCAUACGCUUGUCAAGACAUCGACGUGUUUUUCUACCGCGACUCCAUCUGCACGUUGUCAGCAAAGGGGAUUAAAAAGUGUGCUCUGGAAACCACGGAACUGGUGAAACUCAACAGCUUUAGUCAAGACGCAUGCAUCCGCCUUACCAACCAGCAGUCAGUUGAAAAGGAAAUAAGGAUUCAGUGGAAAGGACUGCGACUGAUUACGACCACCUCUACAAAAACGACCGACAAGCAGACGAUAAGAGUACGACCUACCGUGCCCUUAAAGCUGAACGGGAUGCGAAUCACUCUCACCAGCCUCUCCUUCCCACCAACUCCGGCACUGUCAUCGUCUUUCAUCUCCGUCGGCUCAGAAGUGGCCAUUUGGACUCACAAGGAAAGGCCUCAUCUCAUUUGCGAAUCAGAAGACAAUGCCAAUUCGCUCAACUGCUCCGUUACCACGGACUGCGAUUGUGAACCGGCAGAAGACAAAGUGAACUGCAUGUGCACCGACUUCAAAAUCACGAACGUUUUUUCGAAGGAGAUCGAAAAUCGUUUUCCAAUACGACGUCCCUGGAUAACCUUCACCACAGCAAAGGAAGAUUCAACUGCAGUCGUGGCACAGAUUCCUUCAUUUACAACAGCGGAGCUCCUCAUACAUCUGAAAGAAGAGUUCGACAAAACCAUCAGAGUAAUAACCAAUUCGAUCUGCACUGUUCCUGAUUCCGUGGCGAAAGGAUGUUACCAAUGUCUACAAGGAGCAUCUGCAAAAGUAACGUGCACUACAAACGGAGACAAUACCAUGGCUACGAUUACAUGCGAUGACCAGACCUUCACAGUUCCGUGUCACAAAGAAGGGUAUACCUCUACUUUGCGUUUCACGCACAGCUCAGCAAGAUUGAUGAAGAGAUGUAAUGUUUCAUGCGGAGAUGCUGAAAGUUUCGCAUUUUUAGCAAUGGACAAGCCGAAGAAGAUGUCAUCUGCUACCACUGAAACGGAAGUUACCGCCGCAACCCCACCAGCCAAGGUCGACAAACUGGUACUCAAGAUGGACGUAGUCAUGGCUCGUCUCAAUCAGAUGGAAACUCCAAAAGAAAUCCAAGAAGAGAUAGAAGGAUUGCACUCGAAGGUCGACGCAUUGAACAUCCCGCAGCUCUUUACCGACGUCAGUGCCUUGUGCACACUGAGCGAAAUGAGUUCCACGAACGUGAUCGGCAGAAACGCACGAUCAAGUGCCCCGGUGGAGCCCUCUCCCGAAAUGGAGAGGAUUUUGCACCAGAUGGGAGAAACGGAGCGAGAGCUGAGGGAGGCGAGGGACGCGUUGCUCGAAGUGAACAACUCAAUCGAGAAGGAGCGGCAGGAAGGUAAAGGAAGAGUUGGAUCAGCAAGGUUGAUCGAUGAUUUGAAGGAAAGACGAACGCGUCUCCAAGCCAGAGAGGACCGAGUCGAACGAGAAAUGCGAGACUUGGAACGACGACUUGAAAGAGUGAAGGCCGUAUCGAGUCGCCAGCAAAGAGAGCAUUAUAGCCCCAGGACACAUGAGGAGAGCAGGAUGAGCCGUGACUCACACAGCAGCGGACGUGACCAGGACAUACACCGAGGAGGACGACGGGGAAGACGAGGUAGCUCAACGAGAUCGACGGAUUCCCAUCACAGGACUGACCAAGGCGCUCCUUCAACUCCAUGA